AGAAAACUAAAUUAUGGCAUCUAAACCAGGAAUUCUCACUGAUUGGCCAUGGAAGCCUCUCGGCAACUUUAAGUACAUAGUUUUGGCUCCCUGGGUUAUUCACAGCAUAUACUCAUACAUAGUGGAGGAUGAGAAGAGGAAAGACCUCUCAACCUUGCUCUUAUUCCCACUUAUUCUAUGGCGAUUUCUUCACAUUCAGAUAUGGAUUAGUCUCUCUCGUUUCAUGACAGCCAAAGGCAGCAAUAGAAUCGUUGAGAAGUCCAUUGAAUUUGAACAAGUUGACAGAGAAACAAAUUGGGAUGACCAAAUAUUGUUCAAUGGAUCCCUAAUAUAUGUUUUCAGCAAGACACUUCCCGGGGGAACUCACGUGCCAAUCUGGAGAUUAGAUGGUGUAAUUCUCACAAUUCUGCUGCAUGCUGGUCCAGUGGAGUUUCUUUACUACUGGUUUCACAGAGCCCUUCAUCACCAUUAUCUUUACUCUCGCUACCAUUCUCAUCACCAUUCCUCCAUUGUCACUGAGCCCAUCACCUCUGUGAUUCAUCCAUUUGCAGAGCACGUAGUAUAUUCCAUUCUAUUCUCAAUACCGAUUUUUACAACAAUCUUCACUUGUACUGGUUCCUUCCUCAUGUACACUCCUUCGUUUCACUCCCUUCACCAUACACAGUUCAGAACCAACUACUCAUUAUUCACGCCUCUAUAUGAUUUUAUAUAUGGUUCCAUGGACAAAUCUUCAGAAACAUUGUAUGAAGAUUCAUUGAAGAAGAAAGAAGAAUUCCCUGAUCUAGUGUAUCUAACCCACUUGACAACUCCCGAAUCAAUCUAUCAUCUACGGCUAGGAUUUGCUUCCAUGGCAGCUCAGCCUCAAUCAUCAUCAUCAAAAUGGUAUAUGUGGUUGAUGUUGCCUGUGACCUUAUGCUCCAUGAUGCUCACUUGGAUUUGUGGUACUUCUUUUGUGGUUGAGAGGAACCGUUUUAGUGACUUCAAAUUGCAAACUUGGGUCAUACCUAAGUACAAUUUUCAAUACUUCUUGCAAUGGCAAAGUGAAUCACUCAAUAGCUCGAUUGAAAAGGCCAUACUAGAAGCAGAGAAAAAGGGUGCUAAAGUAUUAAGCCUAGGACUCUUGAAUCAAGGUCAGGAGCUGAACAUGUAUGGUGAGCUAUUUGUCCAAAGGCAUCCUCAGCUCAAAAUAAAAGUGGUAGAUGGAAGUAGCCUUGCUGUUGCAGUUUUGAUCAAUGCCAUACCUAAACAAACAACCCAAGUGGUGCUUAGAGGCACUCUCACUAAGGUCGCGUAUGUUAUUGCUCUCACUCUUUGUCAACGGGACGAUGAGCAUGAGAAGCUAAAGAAAUCAUUUGGUAAAGUCCAAUACGAAUCUAACUUGAUCCUUUCAAGAAGUUACUCUCAAAAGAUAUGGUUAGUGGGAGAUGGAUUGUCUAAAGGAGAACAAAUGAAGGCAAAAAAAGGAACAAUAUUCAUUCCAUUCUCACAAUUCCCACCAAAGAAAAUAAGAAAAGAUUGCUUCUAUCACUUGACACCAGCAAUGGAAACUCCUUUGGCUCUUGAGAAUGUUGACUCCUGUGAGAAUUGGUUGCCAAGAAGGGUGAUGAGUGCAUGGCGAAUUGGAGGGAUAGUGCAUGGCUUAGAAGGAUGGAAAGAGCAUGAAUGUGGAAACUCCAUCUCCAAUAUUCAAAAGUUUGGGAAGCAACUCUUCAACAUGGGUUUCGACCUCUAA